GAGCGCAAGUCGUACAAGUGGAAGCAGCUGCUCUUCUUCUUCACCUUCAUCACGUUCGCGUUCGCCGUGUGCGUUUACUUCCACCACAACUGGUACUGCGGCCCUGGAGUGUACACUGUCUUCGCCUUCCUGGAGUACCUGGUUGUCCUCUCCAACAUGGCCUUCCACAUGACUGCCUUCUGGGACUUCGGCAACAAGGAGCUGGUGGUGAGCUCCCUGCUGGAGGACAAGCACUUCUAGGCAGCCCCGUGCUGGGGGCUCCUCUUCCCUGUGCUGCUGGAGGGGGGCUGCCUGUUUGCUGUGGAGCUGCUGCGAGGGUCCUGCCGAGGCCCCUGAGUGUCUGUCCCUCCUGCACCUGCAGCUCUGCUCCUGGGGAGAUGGGGCUCUCCCAGGGACUGACCCCCUGUCCUGGCUCCCUCCAGCUCCAGGAGGGCAGGACAGAGCAGGAACAGGCACCUGCUGCUUUGGAGAAUGCUCCAGGGAGAGCAGGAUGCUGCUCCCAGUGUUGGGGCAGGGGGGUCCAGCCCUGCCCUGCCCUUUCUUGGCCUGGGGGGUCUCACAGUUCCUCCUCCAGGCUGGGGGUCUUGGGGCAAGUCCUCAGAAAGGGCUGGUGGCCUUUUGGGCUGGCUUCAGGCGCUGCUCUCUGACUGGCCUGGGCCAGGUGCUGGCCCACGUGUGCCUGAGUGCCCAGGAGGGGAGCGGGAAGGUGCUGGGCCAUGCAGGGACUGCCUGGAGCAGGGUGGGAGCACACGGGGCACAGCAGGUGCUGGGAGCAUGCAGGUCUCACUCCUGCCUUUCCCAGAGGCCCCAGCAGCACAGGGUGUGCCCGGGGUGCUGUGCCCGUUCCAGCCCAGCAGCACAGGCUGUGCCCGGGGUGCUGUGCCCGUUCCAGCCCAGUCUGAGGAGGAAGGCUGGGUGUGCUGGUGCUGGAGGGCUUUGCCCCAGCGUCCCCAUGGCUUCCCCUGUGCCGUGGGGCUGGAGCUGGGACCUGCUGGGGUGCAGCAGUGCCCCCAGUGUGCAGCUCUGGCUGCCAGGGCACAGGGCACAUGGCUGGAUGGCGGAUGGGGGCUGACAGUGUGCCCAAGCUCCUCCUGCAGUGCUGCUGUCUUGAUUUGGGGAGGUCUGCACUUGCCAGGGUCUGUCCCACCCCACGGAAGGAGCAGUGUGGGUCCCCCCCUGCCCUUCACCUGAGCACAGCCACCACCGAGAGUCCCCUGGGAUGUUCCAGAGCUCAUCCCAGGGUGGGCAGAGCCUCCUCCAGCGGGAGCUGCGGGGCCCUGGCAGAGCUGGGGCCGGGCUGGCUUUGAGCAGGUCCUGCUGCACGUGUCCAUCGUCGGUGUCCCCAUCCAUGGGCUCCAUCCGUGUCCCUGCAUGCGUGUGGCGCCUUGGCUUUGAGGUGGAAAUAAAGCACUAAGUAUUUUUGUGA